AUGUCCGAAUAUUAUUUAAGAACCAGAGUGAUCAACACUCAAGAAACUACACCCAAGCGAAUGUUUGGAAAUCCAAAUCAAUCAUACACCUAACCAUCAUUAAAUUAAAGUCCUGUAUAUCUCACACCAGACAGAGCUAUGAAGCAGCCUUAUCGAAAUCAAAAUCAAAGUUACAAUGACAUGUCUGAAUAUAUUCGCAGAUAAUAAUAAAGUCAAUAUCCUCCUACAUAUUAAUCUAGUUAAAUUUCUAUUCAAUAGGAAUUCAAUAAUACAAGCAAAUAAUAGUUCGAUUAAAUCUUCAAAAGAUCAGAAAAUUCUAUAACCCAAGAGUCGAGUUGGUUUUAAUAGAAAAACAAUAAUAUCAAUCCAAAUAUACAAUAAUAUAGAAUGGAAAGGGAAAAAAUGAAGCGAGAUUCCUCGUAGCCAUUUUAUGAUAACAACCAUUAAGUUACGGAUAGAAAUCUUAGACCAAUCAAGUUCGAAGAAAAGGUCUCAAGUGAUAAAAGUGAUAUUGAAAAAAUAAAGUAGAUUUUGGUUGAUCAACAACUGAAACUCAGUCUUUAAGUAGAUGAAUAUAAAGUUAAGUUAAAUAAGUAGGAAUAAAAAACAGUAGAGCUUGAAAAAUAAAAUAAGCAACUGAAAACACAAUUAAAUCAAAAGAGUCAAGAAAUGAAAACUCUUUAGUAAUCUCAUAUUUCAUAAUCGAAACUCGAAGAAAUUCAAGAUUAACAAAUGAAGAAAUUCUAGAAAAUCUACGAGCAAUUAACGUAGUCAAAUGAUGAUUUACGCGAAGAAAACAAUCAAUUGAAAUUACUCUUAUUAUAGUAAUAAAUUAUUAUAUAAAUUAGAGUGGACAAUUAUUCCUCUGUCUCUAGAUCAAUUAUGAGCAAGAAGAACUCAGAAUAAGAAUUUCAAGUUUUCGGUUUUCAGAAUGAUAAUAUCAAAGAAUUAAUAGAUCAAUUUCUAUAGGGGACCUCUGAUUAAUUGUUGUCUUUGACACAAGAUCCUCUUAUCUAAAAAGUCUUUAUUUAAUUUAGAGAUAUAAUUAAUGCAAUACAAUUCAAUCAACAUCAAAAGCUAGACUUUUAGAUGCUCAAGGAAACAGACUUUAUGAAAAUUAAAAAAUAAAGUGAAGACAUCAUUACAGUGCCAGAAUUAAAUCAAAAAGCUGAUACUCUAAUAAGGGAAAUCAAAUAGAAGAUGGAACAAAUGGCAUCCUUAAAUGAGGGAGAUUAAAGGAAGAAUGCUAUAAAAGAAGAGAUUGAUAGAUUAUAAAAAGAAUAUGAUGGCAUUUAGAUACUAGUAACAGAACAAUCAGAUUAUUUGGAUAAAAACACCAAUAAUUUACAUAGAAAUAGUAUAAUCUCAUUUGAUCAAAAUUUUGAUGGUGAGGAACAACAAUGA